AUGUGGAGCAGCAAGGAGUCCCAGACGUGCGCUCCCGCGGCUGUGCUCCCGCGGCUGCGCUCCCGCGGCUGCGCUCCCGAGGCUUCGCUCCCGAGGCUGCGCUCCCGAGGCUGUGCUCCCGAGGCUGUGCUCCCGCGGCUGCGCACCCACCUGCGGCUGUGCUCCCGCGGCUGUGCUCCCACCUGCGGCUGUGCUCCCGCGGCUGUGCUCCCGCGGCUGUGCUCCCACCUGCGGCUGUGCUCCCGCGGCUGUGCUCCCGCGGCUUCCCACCUGCGGCUGUGCUCCCGCGGCUGUGCUCCCGCGGCUGUGCUCCCACCUGCGGCUGUGCUCCCGCGGCUGUGCUCCCGCGGCUGUGCUCCCACCUGCGGCUGUGCUCCCGCGGCUGUGCUCCCACCUGCGGCUGUGCUCCCGCGGCUGUGCUCCCGCGGCUGCGCACCCACCUGCGGCUGUGCUCCCGCGGCUGUGCUCCCGCGGCUAUGCUCCCACCUGCGGCUGUGCUCCCGCGGCUGUGCUCCCGCGGCUGUGCUCCCACCUGCGGCUGUGCUCCCGCGGCUGUGCUCCCGCGGCUGCGCACCCACCUGCGGCUGUGCUCCCGCGGCAGUGCUCCCGCGGCUGUGCUCCCGUGGCUGUGCUCCCAUGGCUGUGCUCCCGCGGCUGUGCUCCCGCGGCUGUGCUCCUGCGGCUGUGCUCCCGCGGCUGUGCUCCUGCGGCUGUGCUCCUGCGGCUGUGCUCCCGCAGCUGCGCACCCACCUGCGGCUGUGCUCCCGUGGCUCUGCUCCCGUGGCUGUGCUCCCGUGGCUGUGCUCCUGCGGCUGCGCACCCACCUGCGGCUAUGCCUUCCCCACCAUCAUUCACUGUAUCCUCUCAAACUGUGAGCCAGGACACAUGCUUCUGCCCUCAAGGUGCUUCUUGGCUGGCAUUUGGUCACAGCAAUGA